GGGAGUCUGCAACAAAAAUGGGAAGCGAGAAGUAUAGUCGUUGAAAGAUUUUCCGGGUGAGUUGAUCAUGAGAAAAGAAUAAUUGUGUAUAUAUUCCUUCAAAUAAAAAAACAAGCGAGGAGAGCGCGGGAGAGAUCAACAUGACGGAAUCUGAGGAACGAGGGCAGGAUGGGAUGCGGAGCAACACCGAAGAGGAUCUCAAGAUAUUCGAAACUCUUUGUAUCUCUUCGCCUCAACAGUACGAUCAGCAAGAUGCCAUGGCGCAUGACGUGACGACGGCGUUGAGAAGCGAGCUGGCGGCCUUGGAGUACAAACGCGAUCGUCUAACGUCCGAGUUGCAAGAGAUGAAGAGCAGCAUGAGGUCUCGGGAUCAGAGGGUGACCGAGCUCCAGGUCGAGGCCGAUCAACUUCGGGAGCAGGCCGCGAGACAAACGGCCGUCAUCGGGAGCCUCAAAAAACGAAUUCAAGAGCUCGAGGAACGGGAACGGAAUUUGUACGCGUCCCAGGGAAGGAGCGAAAUAACGGUCCAGGGCUUGCAGAGGGAUUUGAAAUACCACGAGGAAAAGCACCGGGAGUACGAUAAAAAAAUUCGCCAACUGGAGCACAGCAUUUCCGAGGAGAUUGAAAUGAAAGAACGAGCUCGCGUUAAUCUCCAGGAGUUCGUGAGGAGACUCGCUCACGCCUUGAACGCCGAGUACUGCGAAAGCUCGUACCACAGCCCGGAAGUCGUGAUUCACAAGGCCGAGGAACUCGUCCAAGAGGUUAACAGACUUCGGACCAAGUCCUCGAACGUCGAGACGCACUUGGCGAGCGUCGAAGUCGACUCGCGCACCUGCCGGGACGCCCUCGAUCGCGUCACCGCCGAGAGAGAUCAACUCCAGAGACAAAUCAAUGGCCAAUUGACCGAAUUGGAUCGACUUCGCCAGGACAAAGAGUGCCUGGAGAUGCAGUACAGAGUGGCAGAGAGGGAAGUGACGGAGCUGAGGGACAAGCUGGUAAACGCGAACCGCAGCAUAACGAGCGCAACGGGAAAUAUCUCGAGCCAGGAAGCCUUGAUAUGCCAAUUGCGAGAGGAUGUGAAAAGCCGGGAAGAGAAAAGCCAACGAGUUCAGAACGAAUUUCGUCACUUUCUUGAGUCCCUCGCCAUUCUGGUGAGCAAUCCGAGCCGAUUCGUCGAGUCGCAGGAGAACGCGAUCAAGGAUCGGGUCCGGGAGAUCCUCGCGGACGGCAAGGACAGCUCUGUGAAAAUCCAUUCGCUGAGGGAGAAGAUUGAAGCACUCACGGAAUCGGCGAACCGACAGUCGGAACUCGCCGAAACGAGCAUGACCAAAGUACGCUGCUUGGAGGAUGAACGAGCUUCCUUGGAAGCUAGGAUACGAAAAAUCGAGGCUGAACUCACCGACUGCGAACUGACUAAGGAAGCUCUCAGAAGGGACAAGCAUACGUUCACAAUAUUUCUCGAGCGUUUGGGUAAGGCGAUGCAGAUGGACGAAAUAUCUCGGGAAAUAGGUCUCGAUCUCCAGACUGAAGCCUUGCUCGUGCGAGCAGAGCAGCUCGCUCGUCUCGAGACCGACAAAAUCGUCGACAAGCUUGUGUGCUGCAACUACACGACCUUUCCGAGGAUCAGACGCGAGAGAUCCUUCAACGAGCUGCCUUGCCUCAAAGAAACUUCCGUCGUUUAUCAACUGCAACGCCGGGUACGAACUCUUCGCGAGCAGCUGCAGCGGAGGGAUCUUCAUCUCGAUCUGCUCAGGAGAAAGUUGUCGCUGCAGGAGGAUGGCUGUAGGAUCAAAUCGAUGUUGCAAGCGGAAAGAGACGAGGCGAACAUUCGAGCGAAAAAGGCUGUGAAACAGGUGGAUCGACUGACGAUUCAAUUGGCCGAGGAAAAAUCGCGCAAUCGUGAAUUGAGUGCCCAGUUAACCGAGGCUGCCGAUUACAAGAUCGCUGCCCUCGAGCGCAGUCGAAAGAUCGAAGAGCUCCAGAAACGUCUCGUCGAGAGCGAGAUGCUGAGAACUCGUUAUGCCAGAAAGCUGACAAUGCUGAAGGACCAAAUGCGCACGAGCACGGAAACCGCCGAGCAGGAGAGGUCGAUCAACGAUCAUUCUCUCCAACUUUUGAGGGACGAACUCGCCCAGGUCAAACAAAAUCUUUCGGAAAUUACGCGAAGGGAAUCUCAGUUACAGAGCUUCCGGGUUUCCGUUGCUAAAUUAUUAUCCGAGCCAAUUUGUACGCCGGAUUACGAGAUAAUAUCUCGUCUGCAGAAAAUGGUCUCGGCGCAUCGAGACUUCACGAUGCUAUCGCGAAGAUACGACGAGCCUCUCGAAACGAGUCCAUCCAGAUGCACGAGCAUCCACCCGGUGCAUUCGUCGCAUCCUCCGCGUUCGCCAGGAUCGCGAUGCACUCGUUACGACGACAGUGGCUUUGCGGAUCCUCCAGACCUCCGGGACAUCGAGGACGAGUACAAAAGGCCUUCUCGAAGUAGCUUGCUUCCAUGACGUCCGAUGCAGUGCAGCACGGUGCAGCGACCUCGAUUCUAAAUAUAUAAACACGAAUCUCCAAUCCAGUGGAAUAAAAUCGACAUUUUCACAUGGAUUUUCAUUGAAACGUUAAAUUGGCUACGAAGCUAGUGUUCGCAUUGUGUUCGAAUGAGAGCGUCGCCUGCCGAGGGGCCCGGAGGCAAGGGAAUGCAGCUCAUCCUCGCGUGUCAGGCUCGCUCUCGCAACAAUAAUAACGUGCACGAACGAAGGAAGUUUCGUAGGAAAAUAUGACGUUGUACGUAAUGAAAUGUGCGCGGGUUCUUCGCACCCCGCGAGCGUUGGGACUGUGCAAAUGUCUCUCGUUAGCCUCCCACUCACAGGGGGCUCCUAAAAACUUGGUACAAUGUCCAGCUUCAGCUAUAAUCGUACUGUAAAUAAAUAUCAGCUCGAUAUACUCA